AAAUAAAGCAGAUAGAUACACUUACACAACAUACCUACAUUAUACAUACAUAUGAAGCUCACUAAUACAUUUCAACGAGCAACCUUAAUAAAUUCUUCAUCACCAUCUUCUCUUAUUCACCUUGUUUCAUGAAGCCUGCCCUUCAAUUAAUCACUUGCACACACAAUUGCUAACUCUCUACUGUUUUGCGCUAUUUAUGUGAAUCAUGGAUGCUGCUGAGGUCGAAGAGCAUUUAUUCUCAAUUGGAGAGCCAAAGUUACAUGGAGGGAUGUGCAAGAUUCUCUCUGCAAUAUAUUGUAGAGUGCUGGCGAUUUUUCCCGAUUUAGAGGCUGCUAGGCCUAGGAGUACGUCAGGCAUACAGGCUUUAUGUUCUUUGCACAUUGCACUCGAGAAGACCAAGAAUAUUCUUCAGCAUUGUUCUGAAUGCAGUAAACUAUACUUGGCUAUAACUGGGGACUCAGUUGUUCUAAAAUUUGACAAGGCCAGAUGUGCUCUUGAAGACAGUCUUAGGCGGGUAGAAGAUAUUGUUCCACAAUCUAUUGGUUGUCAGAUUUCAGAAAUUUUGAGCGAGAUUCAGGGGAUUGACUUCUCACUUGAUCCGCUGGAGAAGCAAGUUGGAGAUGAUAUAAUUGCAUUGCUCCAGCAGGGCAAAAAAUUUAACAAUAGCUGUGGUGACACGAAUGAGCUGGAAAUAUUUCACCAAGCUGCUUCAAGACUUGGUAUUACGUCUUCAAGAGCGGCCCUUAGGGAGAGAAGGUCCCUGAAGAAGCUCAUAGAGAGAGCCAGGGUCGAGGAAGACAAGCGAAAGGAGUCCAUUGUGGCUUAUCUCUCACAUCUUAUGAGAAAGUAUUCAAAAAUAUUUAGAAGUGAUUUCUCAGAUGAUAAUGAUUCACAGGGUUCAACACCUUGUUCACCAACUGUUCAGGGAUCUUUCGAGGGAAUUAGUGGGUCUGAUAGCAAUGGGCAAGCCUUUGAGCGGCAACUCUCUAAGAUAAGCUCUUUCAAUUUUAAAACAAACUUCAGGAGAUCAGGCCAAGUGGCUGUUCCUCCUGAAGAACUAAGGUGUCCAAUAUCUCUACAGCUCAUGUAUGACCCAGUCAUUAUUGCUUCAGGGCAAACAUAUGAAAGAAUAUGCAUUGAGAAAUGGUUUGGUGAUGGACACAAUACCUGCCCAAAAAGUCAGCAGCAACUCUCUCAUCUUUGUUUGACUCCUAAUUACUGUGUUAAAGGUUUAGUUACAAGCUGGUGUGAACAGAACGGCGUUAUUAUCCCAGAUGGUCCCCCUGAGUCCCUUGAUCAUAACUUCUGGAGGCUGUGUUUGUCAGAUAGUGAAUCAGCCGACUCAAAAUUGUUAGAAAGCCUAGGUUCCUGCAAAUUUAAGGGCAUGAAAGUUGUUCCUUUAGAGGAAAGUGAUAUAAUUGAAGAGGCUGAAGAAAAUGAACAGGAGAACGGUUCUGCAGUGGAGGAAGAGGUCAAUGUAUUUGCUAGAUAUGAGGAGUUCCUGACCAUCUUAGAAAAUGAGAAAAACUUGAGGAAAAAGUGCAAAGUUGUAGAACAGAUGAGGCACCUGCUCAGAGAUGACGAGGAAGCUAGGAUUUAUUUGGGGGCUAAUGGUUUCGUAGAAGCAUUGAUGCGUUUUUUAGAAUCCGCCAUACAAACAGGAAAUGAAAUGGCUCAGGAAAUUGGAGCUAUGGCUCUUUUCAACCUAGCUGUUAACAAUAACAGAAACAAGGACUUGAUGCUAGAAGCAGGAGUACUUCCAUUACUUGGGAACAUGAUGGGCAGUUCCAGUUCUCUUUCAGCAGCAACAGCCCUUUAUUUGAACCUCUCGUGCCAUGAAGAAGCAAAAUCCAUUAUUGGCUCAAGUGAGGCCGUCACUUUCUUACUUGAUGUCCUUCAGGGGGACACUAAUCCACAAUGCAAGAUUGAUGCAUUGCAUGCUUUAUAUAACCUUUCCAGUCUGCCCUCCAAUAUACCUCAUCUUUUAUCAGCUGGCAUUGUCAGUGCUCUUCAAGCUUUGAUUAAGGAUUCUAGUGAUCGCACAUGGACAGAAAAAUCCAUAGCUUUGUUGAUAAACUUAGCAUCUAGCAAAACAGCAAGGGAUGACAUUGUAUCAUCGCCAGACCUUAUUAGUGUGCUCUCAGCUAUAUUGGACAUUGGUGAGCCUAUUGAGCAGGAGCAAGCUGCAGCAUGUCUUCUAAAUUUAUGCAAUGGAAAUGACAACUGUUGUCAAAUGGUUCUUCAAGAAGGAGUUAUACCUUCUCUGGUUUCUAUAUCAGUAAAUGGAACUAUGAGAGGAAAACAGAAGUCUCAGAAGCUUUUAAUGCUGUUCCGUGAGCAGCGACAACGAGAACAGCCCCCAGUUGAAGUUGAUGAUAUGCCUGAAAGCAGUGAAAUGGCCCUGCCUUCUGAAGAACUGAAACCAGUAUACAAGUCGAUUUCAAAAAAAAAGCUGAGCAAAAAUCUUAGUUUCUGGUGGAAGAACAAGAGUUUUACUGUAUACCAGUGUUGAGUCCCUUCUCCUGAUACUUUGUAAAUUUCUGAUGCCUCUGCCUUCUCAGGUAUUGGCUCUCGAGUUUAGAUGUAUAGUUCUUGUAAUUUAUGGAUUUUGGUCAGUCUUACCUCUGUAGUCUAGGUUUACAUGUCUAUUUUCAACAUAGUUCAGGUCCUCCAUGACAGCUCAAAGCGUCUAUAGGCACUCGGACCUCAAUGUUGCUGUAAAUGGUAGUAAUGAAAAUGAAGACGAGUUUUCCACUCAUUUCCCU